AGGAGAGGGGUCAUUUGUACAGACGGAUAAAACUCUUAAACCCAACGAUAUGGUCAAGGGAAGGAGGCAGAUUUUGUCGUUUUGAGGGAAUUGACUGGUGCGACUUUCAAUUCAUUCUGCCGGAGUUUUAAUGGAUUUACUCACAUUUUUGCCAGGAGACGUCACGAGCUUCAUUCUUUAAGUAUUUUGAGGUCUUUUUAGUCUGCCAUCGAGAGUCGACAGGUUUUGUUCAAUGCUUUGAAAGCAACUUUGGCCAUCUGUGCUGGGACAAACUUACCAAACGAUAUUUAAUAACCGUUUCAAAUGAUGGAAACAAAACGCAUUGUUCAUUUGCUCAUCGUCCUGACGGCGCACCUCGUCUUGAUAUGCGCUCAACAGAAGGAUUCUGACCAGAGGUCUCCAACCCUCAAAUCUGCUGUUGGGAAAGACAACUUGAUGAAACUGAAUGUGUCCGUGACUCGACGGACAAGAGUUCUGCCACCCAUGUGCACAGGUCCCACAGAAAUAAGGGACACUUUUAAGUAUAUUAACACCGUGGUUUCAUGCCUAGUGUUUGUGGUUGGGAUAAUCGGAAACUCCACGCUGCUCAGAAUCAUUUAUAAAAAUAAAUGCAUGCGGAACGGUCCUAAUAUCCUCAUCGCAAGUCUGGCGCUCGGGGACCUGCUGCAUAUCGUCAUAGACAUUCCCAUCAACAUGUAUAAGCUUCUGGCUGAAGAUUGGCCAUUUGGUGUUGGACUUUGCAAACUGGUUCCCUUCAUACAAAAGGCAUCCGUUGGUAUUACAGUGCUGAGUUUGUGUGCACUCAGUAUAGACAGGUAUCGAGCAGUGGCAUCAUGGAACCGCAUCAAAGGCAUUGGCGUACCCAAAUGGACAGCCAUUGAAAUUAUUCUGAUAUGGGUGCUGUCUAUCCUACUUGCGGUGCCCGAGGCUGUUGCCUUUGACAUGAUCACGAUGGACUACAAAGGAGAGCACCUCAGGAUCUGCUUGCUCCAUCCCAUGCAGAAAUCCAAGUUCAUGCAGUUUUAUAAGUCAGCCAAAGACUGGUGGCUUUUUAGUUUCUACUUCUGUAUACCGCUGGCCUGUACUGCCAUGUUCUACACUCUCAUGACCUGCGAAAUGCUCCGAAAGAAGAAUGGGGUUCAGAUUGCCCUGAACGAUCAGUUAAAACAGAGGCGUGAGGUGGCUAAAACCGUGUUCUGUCUUGUGCUGGUCUUUGCGCUGUGCUGGCUUCCACUUCACCUCAGUCGUAUUCUUAAGCUGACCAUUUAUGAUGAAAAGGACCCUAACCGCUGUGAGCUUUUGAGUUUCUUCCUUGUUCUGGAUUAUAUCGGGAUCAACAUGGCAUCAGUGAACUCGUGCAUCAACCCAAUCGCUUUGUACAUGGUUAGCAAGCGCUUCAAGAGCUGCUUCAGGACCUGUCUGUGUUGCUGGUGUCUGCCGCCUGAAAUGUUAGCCAUGGACGACAAGCAGUCCUGCAUGAAGCUGAGGGUGACAGAGAGAGGAUCUGAACAAAGCAACAGCCGUGCCUCAAACAAGUACACUUCAACUUAAAAAAAAAAAGAAAUAAAAAAGAAAUGAUCUGAGUACAGGUAUGAGCAGCCUGUAAAGUGCAUUCAGUAUGUACAGUGCCCUCAUUCUCCAUACAUUUAUGUCUGAGAAAUUGUGAUAAGACUAUAUGUGGUGUAACACAGUUUAAUUCCAUCUCCCUGUACAUUUAAAGAUUGUCAUUGAAUGUAAGCCUGCACUUUCAGAAGACCUCAGAAAACGCCCACAAUCGGCAUCUUUGACCAACACUUGGUUUGUUCUUUAUGAUGACAUGGAGUGAUCUUGCAGCACAUUUCUGCUAGCUUUAAAGUAAACAACCUAUAUUUGAUAUCUCUUUUAAUACCAGACAAUAUUUUUUACUAUUACUACACUUUAAUACAAAAAUUUAGGAGUAUAUUUCAUUUAUUAAUUUUUUUUUUUUAAGUUGGUCAAUAUCUAUUAAAUGUUUUUGUAUAUCUUUUAAGAUGGUAUAUUUGUCAAUGUUUGUCAAAGUUGUAAAUGCUUUAAUGAUGUCGUAAAUGUCAAAGACAUGAUUGUGCAUUGGCAUUGUGAAGGAGUGGGACUUUCUUGAGAACAGAGUUGCAUGAGAACAGAGGGCCUUUAUUUAAAGUAGUUUUAUGAUCAGUUCCUACAUGCCCCAAGGCCUCUAAUCCAUCAAAGAUAACUUAAUCAUGUGUGUGCCAUAUAAUUCUUUCUGUCUCUACACAUUGUCUCUAUUGUCCUUUCUGUCCUGCAUGUUGUUAUUUUUAUCUUCUUUCUGUAUUUCUUGGAUGCACAUAUUAUUUUGCAUCUGUAAUGUAUAUGAAGCAGCUAUUUUGACUCUAUAUUAAAACUUUAUAAAACAUAUUUGUGUUACAUUUUUAAGACAAUUAAAAACAGAAAAUGCUUAACUGUUUCUUGAGUUAAUGAGGAUAUUGUUCAUGGUAUUAAUGCAGGCUAUGUAAGGCAAAAUGUGCAGUUUUUUUGCAAUAACAACCAGCUGACUGUACUUUAUCCUGCUUACUACACGGCUACUUGACAAAUAAAUAAAUUCAUGGACAUUUUAUAUGGAUUUGCAUUGAAAUUAUGGAAUUAUGUGAGAAGAAAGAAAUUGCUGAACAGCUGAAAUCUGUCCUGUUGGUGUUUAUUUUGUAAUUAAUGAACGAAUUAAAAAAAUGACUGCUAAUUAUGCUUAUUAUUACAAGAUUACUUUCCAAAUAAAUAAAUAAAUACACAUGAAACAUUAA